AUGCAGGAAACGCCCGGGAGUGAUGAGGCAUGUGCCCCUUCUCUUUUUGGAGAAGUAGUCAAUUAUCCUACGACCCCUGACGCCAUGAAAGAUGUCCCGGCGACCAUCCCGGCUACUGAUACUGCGAUGAAGGCUCGUAGUCUUGCCGCUGGCCAAGUAGAUCGAACCGUAUCCGCUGCGUUACCGGACGGAAUGCAUGUUUCGAAGGAUGCUCGUAUCGCUUUUCAAAAGGCAGCUACUCUGUUUUUGUUGUACCUGUCAUGUCUUGCUGAGGAUGAAAGAUCUCGAGAGGGAAGGAAACGUGUAACUCUUUCGGCGCACGACAUCAAGUCUGCACUAAAGGCAGCCGGUAUGUCCCAUUUGCUUCCGUUGCUUGGCACCAAUCAUAUGAAGCGCAUACGCACUGACGAUAACUUUUUUCUUUAG